AAGUCGCGUCACUGUUUAGAAACUCUCGCGAGAUGUGCCUGUGACGAGACUGUGGGAAAGUUGGCCUGUGGGAGCUUUGGAGCUGGAUAUUUAAACGGUGAUAAGGGACUGUCGGCUGUAACAUGAAAAGCGGGGCUGUCCCACGGAAAGCGGGACUGUUGGGCGGUACGGGGUCUAAUGCCACGUCUGGUGGUGUUUCUCCCACGGCUGCAAACAGUAAAGCAGGUCAAGUGUGGGCACCAGAGGGAUCCACUGCUUUUAAGUGCUUAGUCUCCGCAAGGUUCUGUGCAGCAUUGCUGAGCAACAUCUCAGAUUGUGAUGAAACCUUCAACUACUGGGAGCCUACUCAUUACCUGGUGUAUGGAAAAGGUUUCCAGACAUGGGAGUAUUCACCAGCUUAUGCUAUCCGAUCUUAUGCUUAUCUCUGGCUUCAUGCAUUACCCGCCUGGUUUCAUGCCAGUGUUCUACAAACAAAUAAGGUCCUUGUGUUUUUCUUUAUACGAAGCUUCCUUGCCUUCCUUAGUUGUGUUUGUGAACUUUACUUCUACAAGGCUGUGUGCAAAAAAUUUGGACUUCAUGUUGGUCGAUUGAUGUUGGCUUUCCUUGUUCUAAGCACAGGGAUGUUUUCUUGUUCUGCUGCUUACCUACCAAGCAGUUUCUGUAUGUAUACUACAGUAGUAGCAAUGACUGGUUGGUACAUGGACAAGAUCUCAGUAGCAGUUUUGGGGGUGGCUGCUGGAGCAAUUUGGGGCUGGCCAUUUUGUGUUGUUCUGGGAAUCCCCAUUGCUUUUGAUUUCUUGUUCUUAAAGCAGAAGUGGAAGAGUUUUAUAAAUUGGUGCAUAGUGUCCCUUGUCUUGUUUCUGGUCCCAUUAGUGGCCAUUGACAGUUAUUACUACGGCAAGCUAGUAAUUGCUCCUCUUAAUAUCCUCUUGUACAAUGUCUUCACACCACAUGGACCUGACCUCUAUGGUACAGAGCCCUGGCAUUUCUAUUUUAUUAACGGUUUCCUGAACUUCAAUGUGGUCUUUGUAAUGGCCCUCUUUGUGUUGCCUCUGACAUGGCUGAUGGAACAUUUACUGCAGAAAAUUAGCACAGUUCAGAAUCUUGGAAGACCCUAUUGGCUAACACUGGCUCCUAUGUAUAUUUGGAUUUUGAUUUUUUUCAGCCAACCUCAUAAAGAGGAGAGAUUUCUGUUUCCCAUCUACCCACUCAUCUGUCUCUCUGGAGCUGUAGCUCUUUCAGCCCUACAGAAAUGCUACCACUUUUUGUUCCAACGAUACCGCUUAGAGCAUUAUACUGUAUCUUCAAAUUGGCUAGCUCUAGGGACAGUUUUGCUCUUUGGCCUUCUGUCUAUCUCCCGUUCAGUAGCCUUGUUCAGAGGGUACCAUGCGCCCCUAGACUUAUAUCCUGAAUUUCAUCGAAUUGCUGGAGAUCCUGCUGUGCACAUGGUCCCAGAGGGAAGAACUGUUAAUGUAUGUGUAGGAAAGGAAUGGUAUCGUUUCCCUAGCAACUUUCUUCUUCCAGAUAAUUGGCAGCUUCAGUUUAUUGAAUCAGAGUUUAGAGGACAACUACCAAAGCCUUUUGCAAAAGGGACACGAGCAACAAGAACAAUUCCCAAGGACAUGAAUGACCAGAAUCGAGAGGAAACAUCUAGAUAUGUGGAUAUUGCAAAAUGUCAUUAUUUGGUGGAUCUGGAUUCAGUCAGUGAAACACCUCGGGAGCCUCUUUACUCAGCAAAGAAGGAAGAAUGGACAGUGAUUGCUUACAAACCAUUUCUUGAUACAGCAAGGUCAUCAAAGUUUUUCCGUGCAUUUUAUAUCCCAUUUAUGUCCAGCUGGCAAACCUCUUAUAGCAACUACACCAUUUUAAAAGCCCGCAGGCCCAAACAGGUGAAGAGAAGGGGCGGAGUAUAAGCAAAAACCUUGUCUAUCAAAAUAAGAGGGGAUUGCAAACUGUAGUUCUACUUCAAACAGAAAAUUCCUCAUUGUCAUAUCCAUUUACUGCCAGAGUGACCUUUGGAAGAUGCUUCAUUGCAACAGAUGCUCUACUGUGGAUGUUAUCUUUUUAUCAGCUGAAACAUAUUCCAUAAGUAGUAUUUUUUAUACUAUGACCCAGCCCAUUUCCUUCUAGGAGUUGGCCACUAUAACCCACUGUCAGUAAAACAUCCCGGUUAAGCUUUACAAUUUCUUGCUACAGAUACUGGAUAUCUUACCAUCAACAUUCUGUUAUCAAAGAGACCUAACAAAUGCUUUGUGCACAGCUGCUUUUAAAUAUUUUUAUAGGUGCCAUUUAAGGUGAUUGUUGUCAAUGUGUUUAUAAAUGAGUCCCAUAUCUACAGUUAUUAAUGGGCAAACACUGCUAAGAAAGAAGAUCAGAAUAUGACCUUCCUGGAAUUAUAUAGAAAUUGUCAUUCAGUUAGCCAAAUUAUUGUCAGUACAUCACUUCUCCAAAAGCUCUAUAAUAAUGAGGCCUCAGAUUUAGCUCAAAAAGCUUUGUAAUUCUCACUUCAGCAUCACUGCUCCAGUGGAGUCUUAACCACUAUGGUGGAGAAUUGUGACAAGUAAAACGCCUGAACUUGCCUUUUUCUUUCUUUUAUGCCAUUAGAUUAUGCUCCUGAUACAUAAGCCCAUCUGCCAUAAUUAACUCUCCCUGUUUGCUCUUAGCAGCUCACCAGUUUCUUUAUGUUCCCACCUGCAUCACCGCAAAGGCUCCGAUAAUGAACUGUCCAUAGGCAAUGCAGCUGCUGCUUCAUCCACAUUAUCUAGACCAAAGAACAGCCCUGACAGUGGCCUCAACAGACUAAAUAGCAUUUGUUUAUGUUGUGAUUGAGUUCUGUGUGUUAUAUAUGUCUCAUAUGUGUCAUUUUUUUCCAUCAUUUACAACUUUUUCAUGUCUGGGAUUCUUUUUGGCCAACCUGGAGUUGAUUUGAUACAGCAUUAACUGAGUACACACAAUUUGUAAAUGCAGUAUUUAUGCCUGUUUAGAAAACAUGGUGAUACCCAUAACAUCCUACAGUACCUCUGCUACUGGCUUUUGGUUCCUGCUUUAACGUUACACAAGUUAUUUAGUCUUUCCCAGUGUGGUGGUAAUGGUAAUUUAUAGGACUAAGUCACCUGUUACACUAUCAAGUCUAACCCAUAUGAUAAAUAGGGGGUGGGGGCCUGGUUUAACACGCUUGUACACGUUACAAACUUUAAAUCGGUGAUGGGAGUGAGGCAGCCUCUGAUAAGUUAUAUAUGUUAUAUUACAUUUCAUAUGGUGAUGACAUACUAUACAGAUAUACUUCUGCUAGCACUGCAUUCCAUCAUUAGGCUUAAAAAACACCACCUGGGAGCCUGUGCACCAGAUGUGACGUGGUCAGACAUGGCGGCUGCUAGCCCAUUGUGCUUCUCUCCAUUUACAGAUCAGGUAGCAUGGAGCUGAUGCAGCUCCUCAUGUGGUUGGGGAAGGGAAAGGCAGAACUGUGUAUAUCUGUUGGAGGGGUGCUUUCUUUGUCAGAAUAUUUCAGACUCCCAUUUUAUUACACUGUACAAUACUGUUGGUUUUUGUCCUGUUCUUUAAGGCCUAAUGAAAGUAUUGUUUAACAAAUCAGAUGAUGAUCUAGUAAUAUUCCUGGGAAGCUGGAAAUUAGACAUGGAAUAACGUGUUCCGUUUACAAUCCAACUGGGCUUCUCAUGUGGAGGUGCAAUGAAGAAAUUGGAUAUUUAAAAACGUGAUGAUUUUUUUGUUAUUUAUGGUUUAAUAAGAUAGCUGUGCAUAAAUGAAAUGCUAUACAAACUAAUGGGUGUAAAUAUUUGUUUCCAUUGUAUCUAGUAAUUUAUAGGGGUGUAUUGACUGUAUUAAAGCAGAUGUGUCUGGGGUGGAACUUUCAUUCAUCAGUACAGGCAUGGGACCCGUUAUCCAAAAUGCGACAGACCUGGGGUUUUCCGGAUAAGGGAUCUGUCCGUAAUUUAGAUCUCCAUACCUUAAGUCUAAUAAAAAAUAAUUUAAACAUUAAAUAAACCCAGUAGGAUUGUUUUGUAAUUCAGAACUUUCUGGAUAAUGAGUUUUCGGAUAACGGGUCCCAUACCUGUACCUGAUGUUCAUAUGUUCCUUAAUGUUUGUUUACAUCAACGUUAACUUGUCAC